AUGCUGCAACGACUGGCGUCGAUUCUGACCCCAGAUACGCCGCCGGAGGCGCUGAGCGCGGCGCUGGACGCCGUGGGGACGCUGUGUGCACGGGACGGGGGUGCUGACAUGGCGAUGGCGCCCGCGACGGGGCUGUGUCGGCCGGUUGCUGAGCUGGCGCUGGGACAUUUGACUGUAGUGGUGCCGGAGGUGCGGAUUGCGGCGUUGCACGCGCUGGCGUCGGCGCUGGGGGCGGACCGGCACCAUGGCGGCGGCGGGCCGGGUACCGCUGUGCUGGGCGACGCGGCGGAGGAGGAGAUGCGGAUAUCCAUCAUGGAAGUGACGGAGGGGAUGCUAGGGGAGGCGCUUGCCAAGGUGCUGAAGAAGCCAGAUCUCGACGUGCGCGUGGCAGCGUACAGGUUCAUCGUCGGGGCUGCUCUGCGGCAGUGGGGCGCAGCUGCUGCCGUGGCCAGCAGCGAGCUCCUGUCCGCCAUCACCGACGCUGUUACAGAGGUCGAGAAGCGAGGCUGCGAAUGGAGGUUCGCUGCGGUCAGUGCGCUGAGCCACGCGCUCCCGCCAGCCGAGACCGGCGACCGGACACAGACGCUCGUGCACGCAGCUGCCGCGUUGGCAGCGGCGCGGUCCGCGGGGCCAUACGGCCGGGGCAGCAGCGCGGCGCCGGUUCCACAGGUCGCAACGAUCGACCGGACCGGGGGCGUGUAA